GCCAAGAGUGCGCGGGCGGCGGCGCUGCGGGUGCGAGCGCGGAGCUGGGAGGCGCAGGCCGGGCCCUGGGGCACCGAGAGACUGGGGCCAGGGACGUGGCAGCCGCCCUGCCCGCCAGAAAGUUUCCUUGAAGUUUGCUGGGCGCCGGCGUACGAUCGACCGGCCGGACCAUGAACGUGUUCCGAAUCCUCGGCGACCUGAGCCACCUCCUGGCCAUGAUCCUGCUGCUGGGGAAGAUCUGGAGGUCCAAGUGCUGCACGGGCAUCUCUGGGAAGAGCCAGAUCCUGUUUGCACUCGUCUUUACCACCAGGUACCUGGACCUGUUCACCAACUUCAUCUCUAUCUACAACACAGUAAUGAAGGUGGUUUUUCUACUCUGUGCCUAUGCCACAGUGUACAUGAUAUAUGGGAAAUUUCGUAAAACUUUUGACAGUGAGAAUGACACAUUCCGCCUGGAGUUUCUUCUUGUCCCAGUCAUUGGCCUUUCCUUCCUUGAGAACUACAGUUUCACUCCGCUGGAGAUCCUCUGGACUUUCUCUAUCUACCUGGAAUCAGUGGCUAUUCUGCCCCAGCUCUUCAUGAUCAGCAAGACUGGAGAGGCUGAGACCAUUACUACUCACUACCUGUUCUUUCUGGGUCUGUACCGGGCACUCUACCUGGCUAACUGGAUCAGGCGGUACCAGACUGAGAAUUUCUAUGACCAAAUAGCAGUGGUGUCUGGAGUAGUACAAACCAUCUUCUACUGUGACUUCUUCUACUUGUAUGUGACCAAAGUCCUUAAGGGAAAGAAGUUAAGUCUUCCAAUGCCAAUUUGAGGACUCUCAGAGAUGGUCGAUGCCUUAAUUUAACAAGCACAUGAAGGAAACUACUUUGAACAUUCUCCUUGGCAACUUACGGUAACUUGGGAUCAAAUGUUGAAACUAGAAAAAUGCUUAGUGUGGAUUUCAGCAAAGCCUGAUCAUCCCACCUCAGAUUGCCCUUAAAGACCCAUUAUGAGGUCAUAAAAAACCUGGGCCAACUGUACAAGUAUGAUGCCUCAAAAUAACUGCAACAAACCUUACCAAUGAAAUGGAUCAAAUAAAUGACUGCUAAGGCCGAAGGCCAAGACUCGUGACAAGGAAGUCAACCCCAAUCUGGAAUGAUGUCCCUCCUGUUA